UAUAUAACAUCCAUAUAUCAUUGUAGUAUCACGAGCAUUAUUACAAAAACCAAAAAGGUAUAGAAAAAUUCAGAGACAGAGAGAGAAGAGAAGCUACUUUGUAAAGAUAAGAUGAGAUACACUUCAUCUCUUAGAAGUCCAAAGAAAGAAGAACAUGAAGUACCAGAAGCUACCACUCAAAUACCAUCAAACUUCAACAAAUCUUACACUAAUGAAGAUUUCUAUCUUUUCGACGAACUCGAAGAGUACUUGAACAUCGUCGAAGAAGAAGAAGAAGAAGAAGAAAAGGUAUCAUCACCACAAAACACUUGUAAUAGUAGUAAUGAGCUUCAUUGGGAUAUCAUGGAAUGGGAAGGAUUUUCCUUUGAUGAAGGGAAAGAUGAGAACAUAAGCAAAUGCAAUUAUGAGGAGAAGAAAAUAAUAAAGAGAGAAAAUUACAAUGAUGGUUUUUGGGAAGUGGAUGAUGAAAAGAGUUUGGCUUUGAAUUUGAAUUUGAACUAUCAAGAGGUUUUGGAUGCAUGGUCUAACCGUGGCUCUCUUUGGGCCAAUGAUUGUUCUCUUUCAUUUUCCUCCUCCAAUAAUGGCUCCUAUAUGGGAGAAGUGCCAAUAUUAGAAGAAGAGAGAGCAAGAAGAGAAGCAAGUGUUCUUAGGUACAAAGAAAAACGUCAAAACAGAUUGUUCUCAAAGAAGAUAAGAUACCAAGUUCGAAAAUUAAACGCUGAUAAAAGACCAAGAAUCAAGGUCACACUUUUUGAAUAUUAUUAUUAUUAUUAUUAUUUUGUUUCUUUUUUAUUCUAUUGGGUUUUUGUAACAUUUUGUUUUGUAAUGAAAACAUCUUUUUUGUGAUAUUUUUGAUGUAGGGUCGCUUUGUGAAGAGACAUUGAGGUCAGUCAAGAGAAAUAUCUCAAUCCUAAAAUAUCUUCAAAAAUAUCUAAGGCCCCUCCUCUACUUGUAUUUUUUUCUUCUUAAUUUUAAUUAUAAUAUUCUUGUAUUUAUCCAUUCAAUUUGUCCUUCUCUCCCUAAAGAAUUGGAAGAGAAUGAAUUCAUCUGACGACAUAUAUAUCAACUCCUUCUUUAAAAAAUAAUAAUAUAUCAACUCCUAAUAUUUA